AUGGCCGCAUCAAUAUGCUCGAGUUGCACCGCCGUUUCCCGUAACAUAGUGUCUCCUCCUCGACCUCGAGAAAUGAUGAAGAGACAAAUACAAGAAGAGAAUGAAGAAUGCUCUUCCUCCAAAUCUUUCAAAUCAGUUAGAUCAUGGUUUCAACCUCUCCGUCUUAGAGGUGGUUGUGGACCAAGUUGUUGUGAAGAUCCCACUAUCACCGAACGUCGACGACGGCAACCUUUACCUCAAUCUCCUCAUUGGCGAAAUACUUCACUUCCUUCUACCGCCAUCUCCACUCGGCUUCCCGAUGAUAGAUCCCUCCGUCUGGCUUUGAGCCGGAGUAUCGAUAUGCGCACACCAAGAGGUCAAAGUCCUGACUUGUCCCCACAAGACGUGCCGCGCACCAAUUCUGUCAAAGCAGUGAACGAAGUAGGGACGACAGCUCGACCGGGAACACCAAUCUGA